AUGUCUCUGCAACCCGGUUCGAGUUCGUCGACGAGGAGAAAAAUGUAUAAAACUGGAAUUGAUGCAGAAGACAGUCGGAGAAGGAGGGAAAAAGAGCUCGUCGGCAUCAGAAAAAUCAAACGUCACACCGCUCUUCUCAAGAAACGAGAAGAGACACGCUCCUCCUCCGAUACCCUGCUGGACUAUGUUGGUGAGAUAGUGAAACGUGUAUGUGAUGAGUACCCUCACAAACAAUUGGAGGCAGCUGCUCACAUAAGAGCUAUUCUAACACUUGACGACCCAGCCCCUCCGGUUGAUGAGUUCGUUAAGCAUGGUAUUCUCCCUCGCUUUCUGGAGUUAUUGUCAAGGGAAGAUGCACCCUAUUUGCAGGUAGAAGUUCUGUGGGUUAUAUCCGAUUUUGUUUCCACAUCACCCCAACACAAAAGUGCUGUCGUUGAAGUUGGUGGUGUUCCUCUCUUGAUCAAUCUUCUCUCUAGUACCCAUGAUGACAUCAGAGAAGAGGCAAUGUGGAUUUUAGGAACCAUUGUUGGUGACUCCCCAGAGUAUAGGGAUCUUGUUCUUAGCCAUGGUGCUCUCAUGCCAUUAUUAUGUCAGUUGCAACCACAUGCAUCAUUGUAUAUACUGAGACCUGCUACAUGGUGUUUAUCUGUUUUGUUCCUUGGAAUUCCUCCAGUAAAAUUUGAACAGGUAAAGACUGUCUUACCUGCUCUUGAGCGACUCAUCCAUGCGACCGAUGAAGAUGUUUUAACAGAUACAUGUUGGACUUUGGCUUACCUUUCGGAUGAUCAUAUUGAGAAUAUUGAAGCUAUUAUUGAAUUAGGAAUUUGCCAAAAACUUGUGCAACUUCUUCAGUAUCCAUCAAAUGGAGUUAUUCUGCCUGCACUUGAGGCUUUAGGAAAUAUUGCUGCUGCUGGUGAGGCUCAGACGCAGUUUGUGAUCGAUAACCAGUUGCUCCCGUGUCUUCACCAACUUCUCACGCGUGAAUACACAAAAAACAUAUUUAAAGAAGCUAGUUGUAUAAUCGCAGUUAUCACAUCUAGGACUCCAGCUCAGAUACAGGCUGUGAUCGAUGCCAACAUUAUUCCUUGUCUUGUUAACGUUGUCCAUAAUGCUGAGUUUGAGGUGAAGAAGGAGGCUGCCUGCGCGAUCUUCAAUGUCACCUCUAAAGGAUCUGAUGACAAUAUCAGGGUCCUUGCGGCUGAGGGUUGCAUUGAGGCACUAUGUCAACUCUUGACCUGUCCAGACCCAAAGCUUGUGACAGUUUGUCUGGACGGGCUGAUGAACAUUUGGGCAGUUGGAGAAGCUAACAAGGACGAUAAUGGCAAUAUUUUUGCUCAAAGGGUUCAGGAAUGUGGAGGAUUGGACAAGAUUGAAACGUUGCAUCUUCAUGAGAAUAACGAGAUUCAUACGAAAGCUCUGUGGUUUUCGGAUUGCUUUCGACCAGAGAAUGAUGAGUUGGAAGAUACGGAUAUGAGCGUGAGCUUGCUUGAUUUUUUCAAUCGGAGUAAACCAACCUAACACCUCAUUCAUCAUCGUAUAACAUGCGCUCACAAAACACAAUUGCAGAAUAUGUCUUGCAUUGUGUCAACGUAUAAGAUGAUGGUUCAAUUUCAUUUAUGUCAUCUAGUGUUGAUAAUGUGUUGUGCCAAUAUAUUUUUGUUGCCGUUUGUUUAGAAAGUUUAAACUUGUGUUGUUGACAUUUAGAAAAUUUUGUGUAUGAAUUAAUGUGAACCUGGGAUA